AUGACAGCCUGGAAUGAGGCCGAUGUGAGGGCUAGAACUACAACUAAUAUUCCUCCUAUUCUGGCCACAACCCCUAUGGCGGUGGCUCAGCAAGCACCAGCCCCCGUGGAUGUUUCAAGGAUUAUGGAGAGGUUUCAGAAAUUGAGACCCAUGGAGUUCAAUGGUUUGAAUAAAGAACCAUUGCCUCCGGCUAUAUGGAUUCGAGAAAUGGAGAUAACUUUCUCGAUGCUAGAGUGUAUCGAAGAUUGCAAGAUUUGGUGUGCCACUUGCAUGUUGAAGGGCAAAGCCGAUGUAUGGUGGAGAUCGACUCAGCCUAACCAUAUUGCUACCCAUCCCGACCUUAAAUGGGAGAAAUUUAAGGAGGCAUUCUUUGAGAACUAUUUUCCAAAAAUUUAUCGAGAAAGAAAGGCAAUGGAAUUUAUGGAGGUUACACAAGGAUUCAAGUCAAUCCUUGAAUACCAACAGAAGUUCGAGGAGCUAUUUCAUUUUGUAUUCGCUCAUCUGAAGACAGAUAGAGAAAGGGAAGAGAUUUGA